AACGCCGCAAUGUUGUUGUAGCCUAAAGUACUUCCUCAGUUGAAGUUGAAACUAUCUAAGCUUCUAAAUUAUUUUCGUUUUAUGUUUCACACUUUUCUUCGUUUCAAGGUCUUCGGUCGCUCAAAGGAUACAGGCAUAAGUGUUUGUGAAUGUGUGUCUUCAAGCUCAGAGGUUAUUUGUUGAUCAGCCUGUUGCCGAAAUAAAAUAGAACGCGAAAUAUUUUUUAUGUACUUUGUACAUCAAAGGUACAUCUUUUUAGAUUGUUUGCUGUGCCUUACGGUGCCUCUGAAGGCAGUUUAAAAGCAUGACAUGUCACUGAUAUACUCAAAUGGCUUAAUUGUGCUAACCAUGCUUCAACUGCAUUCUUUGGCUGAACUUUACUGUUACUUGCAUUUUUCACCAUGACAUUAUUUUGUAGCAUUGAAAAUAUAUCUCUUCUUCCUAGAACUCUACAAGAAUAAAUGCGAUGCUCAGGAGAACUUCUUGCAAACCUUGUUACUGUCGAAAUAUAUGCCCCUGCGAUACACGCUGUUAGAAUUAUUUUUAUUGAUUUGUUUUUACUUUUAUUGACUCAAGAUCCAGUGUUAGUUUAUUUUCUUGUCUCUCUGUGUGUUUCCAAGAACUGAAAUGCCAGACGGAAACUGCCUACCCUGACCAGUCUCUUUCUAGUAUUUCUCGUUCUUGGUGAAACUAUUUUCAAUUUUUUUUCUUUGCUUGUUUUGUUGAUUUUAUAUUUUUGUUUAAGAAUUUCCUCACAGGUUCGUUCCUUAGAGGUUUGUGUGGUCGUAAGCCCCAGGUUAAUGUAUUCUGCUGAGAGUGUGGCAGUUGCUUUUCAGAAUCGUAUUGUAGCAGUAGUUUGGUUUGAGAAUGGGGCAUGCGUAGAAUGCUAUUUAGUAGUUACUGAGCACCCACUGUCUGUUUGUGCAAGUAAGUUCAACAUAAUCUCUGUUGCAGAUAUUGUCAUCACCGAGCUAUGGCUGAAUUCAGACAGCACCUCAAUGCACCCUUCUAUCAAGUGCUCUCCAAGGUCCUCCACGGACGACGAGUACGAAACCUACGAGGAUUUCGACCUCCAUGAAGCCGACGACCACGAUGACCCCCUGCGAUUCUUAGUGCCUGUUAAACAGGAACUGUGGAGCCCCGCAGACAGCCGCGACUCCGCACUGGACGUGAAGCCCAACGUACGCCUCCUGGAGGCGAACCUGGCCGCGGCCGGCAAGCCGGGCCAGCCCUCCGAGGAUGCCGAGGUCACCACUUCGGAAGUCCGCGUUCACUGUUCGAAGCUGGGCAUCGACUUGAACAACGCGGUGCAGACGACCCGCGCCGGGACCGAGGAGGAGGACGACGUAGACGUGGACGCGAGCGACGGCGACUCCAGUCAGAAGGCCAAACUGCACCUGUGCGAAGACUGCGGCGUCCUCCUGUCCACCGCUGUCACCCGACUGCGGCACCGGUGCAGCAAGUUCAAGUGCGGCGACUGCGACUGGCGCGGCCCGUCCCAGGCGUUGCUGCAGGCGCACCAGCGGGAGCAGCACGACGCGGGCAGGCCGCACUCGUGCCCCGAGUGCAAGGCGCGCUUCACGGAGGCCAGCAGCCUGAGGCAGCACUCGCGCAUGCACGCCAAGGGCACCACCACGUGCGCGUGCCCGCUGUGCGGCGCCAACUUCAACACGGUGCACAACCUGUCGCGCCACCUGCCGCAGUGCCGCUUGCGCUCGGGCUCGGGCCCCUCGGGCCGCAGCAGCCUCAGCCCAGGACACGGCCUCCAGGACACCAAGCCGUUCCUGUGCAAGCUGUGCCUGGCCACGUUCUGGCACCAGAGCCAGGUGCAGCGCCACGUGCGCGCGGUGCACACCCUCAGGAAGCCGUUCAAGUGCCGCGUGUGCGUGUCGUCGUUCGCCUCGCAGCGCAUCCUCAACAACCACGUCAAGCAGGUGCACAGCAUGCCACGGCCGUACACCUGCUCGGUGUGCUUUAUGCGGUACGGCGAACGCGAGGAGCUGAUGCAGCACCUGCAGGUGCACCUGGUGUCGUCGCCGUCGGGCCGCAAGGUGGGCGUGGACAAGAUGUCUGCCUUGGCCGUCAAGAAGGAGGUGGGCGAGGACGACAGGGAGCGCCGGAUGACGCGCAGUGUCUCUCGCAGCAGCACGGCCAGCGGCGGCAGCGCACUCGACAACAUCAAGACGUACGCGUCCGAUAGCGACUAGCGAACAUUUUUUGUCUCAGAAGGAAAACGGAGAGCUUUUUACUUGAAUCAUUAUUAAUUGUUAAAUCAACGUGUUUUUGUAUCAAUUGUGAUGGAUUUUCAAAAUACCUUAUUUUUAGAGAAAUCGUUUUUACUCCUUUAUCAAUGGGAUUUAAUGUUUAGUUUGAUGUUACUUAUUUCUAUUUGAAAAAUUGUCCCCACUCUGUUUCAUUGGGGUUUUUGUUCAUUUGUAAUAAACGCAUGUUUCUCACAUGA